CGUGUUUUUCACUCUCUACAACACCGCGUGAAUCCGUAUCCCCAAAAUCUAGUCCUAUAACACUUCCCUGACUGAACCCUGUUUCUCACGCGUGCCGGUACAACAUCCCACCGUUGCCGUACACCUGUUAAUCGAUGAGAGGUCAUCUCCGUUUCUAGAGAGAGAAACUCUGAAGAAUUCUAGAGAGAGAAAGCUCGAGAUCUGAUCGGAAAACGAACCAAAAACGAAGGGUUUUGAAUUUUUGUGCGGUGAAGAAAAUUAGGGUUUGAAUGUAUGGCUUCGGAAUCUGUAGUUGGUGAUGAUGGACCUAGAGAGAAGCAGAGAUACGCGGAGAGCAAGGUGUACACCAGAAAAGCCUUUAAAGGUUUGAAGAACAGAGGCAACGGUGUUACUGUUCCUCCUCCUCCGCCUCCUGCUACCACCGUGACUACAACUGCCAGCUCAGCUACUGUGACUGCUGUUAGCAAUAACGGUAAUUGCAAUGGUACUGUUGAGAAACGUGAUGACAAGGCCAAGGAUAGCUGCAACGAGGGCUCGGUUCAGCUGCCGGCGCCGGAGGAUGGGAGUGCGGUUCAGCCGGUUGUGAGUUUGAGGUUGGAUGUGGUUUCGGAUGACUUGACAAGCUUGAAUCGUCGGCAGGAUGAGCCGCCGAGCGUCGAUGUUGGGCAGAAGGAUGUUCCUGGCUUGCGAGAAUUGGGUUCGGAGCAGGGGCCGGAGAAUCGUGUGAAGGUGAGCUUGGCGUCGAGGUCUAAGCUGGAGAAGCGGGAGCUCAGGAGGAAGCUUAAGGGGGAGCUUGUGAAGGUGAGGAGUUUGGUGCAUAGGAUUCAAGAGAAGCAGGGGAAUGUUGGUGGUAAUUCGAAAAUGUCGGUAGUCGGUAGUGAGGUUGGGGCAAAGCGUGCUCACUCAGAGGUAGCAUCUGUUGGUGUUCCCGGAGAGCCCACCAGGCUUCAGCGGCAGUUAAGUGUAGCGGGGUUAGAAAAUAGUCAAGGGGUUGUCAGUGUAAAUGUUGAGAAGGAGAAGAGAACGCCUAAGGCGAACCAGUUUUAUCGCAAUUCGGAGUUCUUGCUUGCGAAAGAUAAAUUUCCACCUGCAGAGAGUAACAAGAAGUCCAAAUCGAGUGGAAAGAAGCAUGGUGGGGGAGAAAUGAGACACGCGCUUGUGAUGGAAUCCAAGUAUUCCAAGAGCUGUAGCUCAUUGCUGGAGAAGUUGAUGAAACACAAGCAUGGUUGGGUGUUUAAUUCUCCAGUUGAUGCUGAGGCUCUUGGUCUGCAUGAUUAUUUUACUAUUAUCACACAUCCAAUGGACUUGGGUACUGUGAAGUCAAGACUGAACAGUAACUGGUACAAAUCACCCAAGGAGUUUGCUGAGGAUGUAAGACUUACAUUUCAUAAUGCCAUGACAUAUAAUCCUAAAGGGCAAGAUGUUCAUGUAAUGGCAGAGCAGCUUUCAGAAUUAUUUGAGGAAAGAUGGGCUAUAAUUGAGUCAAAUUACAAUCGGGAGUUGAGAUAUGGCUUAGAAUAUGGGGCAGCUAUUCCUGCAACUUCACCUCUGUCUAGAAAGGCUCAUGCAUUCCGACCACCCCCUCUUGAUAUGAGACGGAUUUUGGAUAGGUCAGAGUCAAUGACGCAACCUUCAAAACUUAUGAACGUCACUCCUUCAUCCCGAACCCCUGCUCUGAAGAAGCCAAAGGCAAGAGAUCUUUAUAAGAGAGACAUGACAUAUGAGGAAAAGCAGAAACUUAGCACACAUCUUCAGAGUCUUCCUUCUGAGAAGCUAGAUGCCAUCGUACAGAUCAUUAAAAAGAGAAAUUCAGCACUUUCCCAACAUGAUGAUGAAAUUGAAGUUGAUAUUGAUAGUGUGGAUAAUGAAACUCUUUGGGAGCUUGAUAGAUUUGUGACCAACUUUAAGAAAAGUUUGAGCAAGAACAAGAGAAAGGCUGAACUUGCUAUUGAAGCUAGAGCACGAGCUGAGCAAACUUCCAACAAGAAGAGUCUGGCACCAUUUGUCGAGGUCCAGAGAGAAACACAAGCAGAAGAAAGAAAUGUUCCCCCCUCCUUGCCUGUGCAUGGAGAAAUUCAAGUGGAUAAUGGGAGCAAGACAAGUAGUUCAAGUAGCUCAGGCAGUGACUCUGGUUCUUCAUCAAGUGAUUCUGACAGUGAUAGUUCUUCAGCGUCUGGGUCUGAUGUAGGGUCACAAAAAACCUGAGUACAGUCUGUCAGGUGUGUAGAUUAGCUAGUGAUGUGAUGCUUGCCUAGUUGAUUUUUUUCAAGUUUCUAGAUUAUGGAUCUGAAUUUAGCAGUUGGUUUGUAGAGGAAGCAUUCUCAAGGCCGCCUGUGAUCCUUACUGAAGUAUGGGAUCUUUUCACUCAUUUGUUGGAGCUGUCGCUCCAUGACUAUUUAUGGCCUUGUUUGUGACACCACAACCUCUUGUAUAUUAUUUGGUAGAAUGUGAAGAUAAUUAGAUAGUUCCUGUAGCAGUGUAUAUUGCUAACUACUGCUACUCUCAUCAAGUUCCAUUGAUCACAUGUUUACAUUUGUUCUGGCAGAUCAGGAUUCUUGUUGUUAUGCAAAGAUAAUCUGCAAGUCAUUAUUGGUUCA